GAGAGAUGGGGAUGUGGGCUUUGGCUUUCUCUCUUUGAUUGAUGAGAGAGUAAAUUUGAUUUUCUUUAGCUUUAUCUGCCGACAGAAAACGAGGCCAUAAAGGGUGCACUCAGACUCAGACAGCUUAUAGCAAGACUAAACACUUUUCUUCACUUCUCUUUAUUGUCUCUUACACUCUUUACUCUUUACUCUUUACUCUUUACUCUUUUGGUGGGUUCAAAGUUCAAACAUACUACAAUUAUUUGCUUUGUGGCCAUGGAUUUUUGCCGGAAUGUAUCAGUUUCCGGUGAAUACCAGCAAGAGCAGGUCCUUUCCCCUCCUUGCUCCAAGCUUGGUGACCUCUCUACUAGUCUUGACGACCUCUUCUCUGCUCAGAACACGGAAGUGGAUGUUAGCUUAGAAUGGCUGUCAGUAUUUGUGGAAGACUGUCUAUCUAGCACAGGAAACUGCCUCCCAACACCCACUGAUGUUCCAGCCACACAUACAAAUACAAGUUCAAAAUCCUCAAAACCCCAUCAAAAACUCCAACAGAACGCAACUUCCCUACAAAAUUUUGUUGUGCCAGGCAAGGCCAGAAGCAAAAGGAAAAGAGCCACAACACCCAAAACCAUUAAGCCUUCAAGCAUUUGGUCACACCACCCAAACCCACAACACCAGACCCUCAUCAACAUGGCUAGCUCAGACCCUCCCUUACUCCAACAGGCCUAUUGGUUGGCUGACAGUGAACUUAUUUUACCCAAAAAGGAGAAAAGCAACAUACUAAUUAGACAUGGUGAGCAAGAAGAAACAAGAAAAGAGGAAGGAGAGGAGGAGGAAGAGAAGGGGAUGAUGAACAAGGACAGGUUAGGGACCUUGGAGGGUAGCAAUGAGCAGCAUCAAAUGCCAAGGAGGUGCACCCAUUGCUUAGCACAAAGGACCCCACAGUGGAGGGCUGGACCAUUGGGUCCAAAGACUCUAUGCAAUGCAUGUGGGGUAAGGUACAAGUCUGGUAGGUUGCUGCCAGAGUAUAGGCCAGCAAAGAGUCCUACUUUUGUGAGCUAUUUGCAUUCCAACUCUCACAAGAAAGUCAUGGAGAUGAGAAUGGCUCUUCCAUCUUCCAUUCCUAGUGCUAGUGGCCAGUGACUUCUAUUUUCCCCAUGUACAUCAAUGUUUAGGCAGAAUUGAAGAUUUGGAGAACUUAAAAACUAUUAGUGUAGUAACACUUUAUUUGUUGGCUUAAUUAGCUUUACUAUAGUAGACCCGUGGGUUCCCUUGAAAUUUAAUUUCAUAUGGUCUCAUUUUUUUCGCCCAA